GGAGCUGAGAUCAGUGAUUGGUGAUGAGCGCUGGGCCAAUUGGAGGAGUUGGUGUUAGGUGGUCCAGGAGAACCGGUCGGGGAGGCAGGAAGGCGGCAAGAUGGUGUUGGAAAGCACUAUGGUUUGCGUGGACAACAGCGAGUAUAUGCGGAACGGGGACUUCCUACCCACCCGGCUACAGGCCCAGCAGGAUGCCGUCAACAUAGUCUGUCACUCCAAGACCCGUAGUAACCCUGAGAACAACGUGGGUCUCAUCACACUGGCCAAUGACUGUGAAGUGCUGACCACACUCACCCCUGACACCGGCCGCAUCCUGUCUAAGCUCCACACUGUCCAACCCAAAGGCAAGAUCACCUUCUGCACUGGCAUCCGCGUGGCCCAUCUGGCCCUGAAGCACCGACAGGGCAAGAAUCACAAGAUGCGAAUCAUUGCCUUUGUGGGAAGCCCCGUGGAGGACAAUGAGAAGGAUCUGGUGAAACUGGCUAAACGCCUCAAGAAGGAGAAAGUAAAUGUUGACAUUAUCAAUUUUGGGGAAGAGGAGGUGAACACAGAAAAGCUGACCGCCUUUGUAAACACACUGAAUGGCAAAGAUGGAACCGGUUCUCAUCUGGUGACAGUGCCUCCUGGGCCCAGCUUGGCUGAUGCCCUCAUCAGUUCUCCAAUUCUGGCUGGGGAAGGCGGUGCCAUGCUGGGUCUUGGUGCCAGUGACUUUGAAUUUGGAGUGGAUCCCAGUGCUGAUCCUGAGCUGGCCUUGGCCCUUCGUGUUUCUAUGGAGGAGCAGCGGCAGCGGCAGGAGGAGGAGGCGCGGCGGGCAGCUGCCGCCUCUGCCGCUGAGGCCGGAAUUGCUACGACUGGGACUGAAGGUGAAAGAGACUCGGAUGAUGCCCUGCUGAAGAUGACCAUCAGCCAGCAGGAGUUUGGCCGCACGGGGCUCCCCGACCUAAGUAGUAUGACCGAGGAAGAGCAGAUUGCAUAUGCCAUGCAGAUGUCCCUCCAGGGCGCAGAAUUUGGCCAGGCAGAAUCAGCUGACAUUGAUGCCAGUUCAGCCAUGGACACAUCUGAGCCCGCCAAGGAGGAGGAUGAUUAUGAUGUGAUGCAGGACCCCGAGUUCCUUCAGAGUGUCCUGGAGAACCUUCCAGGUGUGGAUCCCAACAAUGAGGCCAUUCGAAAUGCCAUGGGCUCCCUGGCUUCCCAGGCCACCAAGGAUGGCAAGAAGGACAAGAAGGAGGAGGACAAGAAGUGAGACUGGAGGGAAAAGGGAGCUGAGCCUGUGCAGGGGGCCGAGUAGGGUGGGGUGGGAUAUAGAGUUAGAUGCGUUGUCUGUGACCACUGCAACCUAAAUAAAGCUUGGCAACUUUUUUUCUUUUUUGCUUCAAACAGCAGUAGCUUUGAGUGUGACCAUUCCCCUUCCACCCAUCUCCACCCCUGACAAUCCUCCCUUAGGAAAAACUUUGCUGAGAGCCACCUGUGCUAGGCACUGGGGCCACAGAGGGGAACAGAAAACAGUACUGGCCUCUGGCCUUUUUUGCUGUGUCACCUGUUAUCUCUCCAGCUCCUUCCCCAUGUGUAUAAACCGGAAGGGCCAGCCUGUAAAUGAGCAGUUACCUGCGUCUAAUAAGUGUGCAAAGAGAGGCCUGAACAGGCACUGUGGAAAUGAUGAGGAGAGAGCGCCAAACCCUUGCAGCCUCUGGGAAGGCUCCUGGAGGCAAUGUUUGAGCCCUCAUCAGCCAGCGAGCAAGAGAUAGGGAUGCUUCCAGUCUGCAGGAACAGCGUGUGCUGAUGGCGCGGAGGCACUUUGUCACUCAAAGACCGGUUGGGCAAGUGACAGGAGAUGGAGGUGGAAAAGUCGGCAACAGUCAGAACACCAAAGGUCAGGGAUCUUUGAGGCCUGACUUGCACAAGGUGGGAUCUGUGAAGGAGAAACAUGAUGUGUCUCCUUGGAGCAUCAAAUUUAGAGGAAGGUUUUUUGUGGGGCAUGGACUAGAAUGCACAAUUCACAUAAUCUCCCCCUUUGUUUAUUAUAUUUGAAGAGGUAAAUAAUAUUUUACACAUAAAAUACUUAACCUAUAUAUAAAUUGUGACGUGUAAGAAAACUGACAUAUCUGAAACCAGUCAAUGUAAGAGCUGGAAUAUUCCUAACACCUUGUCACAUACCUAUGCCUUUUUUUUUUUAAACAUCUUUAUUGGAGUAUAAUUGCUUUACAAUAGUGUGUUAGUUUCUGCUUUAUAACAGAGUGAAUAAGUUUUACAUAUACAUGUGUCCCCAUAUCUCUUCCCUCACCUAUGCCUUCUUGAACCCACCUCUUUACAGCCUCCUCAGACAUAACUGUUAUCUUGAAUUUCACAUUUAUUAUUUUUUCCCCUUCACAGUUUUCUCAUAUACAUAAAGAUUUCUGACGAGAAUGUUUAGUUUUGUAUGUGUUUGAGCUUUAUAAAAAAUAGUUUUAGGGAAUUCUCUGGUGGUCCAGUGGUUAGGACUCGGCGCUUUCCCAG